AUGACUGGAGUCUUUGACAGUCUGGUGGCUGAUAUGCACUCGACCCAGAUCACGGCCUCCAGCACGUACCACCAGCAACAGCAGCCCCCGAGCGGCGGCGGCGCUGGCCCCGGCGGCAGCAACGGCAGCAGCCUCCACAAGCCUCAGGAGUCGCCCACACUCCCGGUGUCCACAGCUACAGACAGCAGCUACUACACCAACCAGCAACACCCGGCGGGCAGCGGCGGCGGCGGCGGCGCUGGGGGCUCGCCCUACGCGCACAUGGGCUCCUACCAGUACCACGCCAGCGGCCUCAACAACGUCCCUUAUUCAGCCAAGAGCGGCUACGACCUGGGCUACACCGCCGCCUACACCUACGCGCCCUACGGGACCAGUUCGUCCCCGGCCAACAACGAACCUGAGAAAGAGGACCUCGAGCCUGAAAUCCGGAUAGUAAACGGGAAGCCAAAGAAAGUCCGGAAACCCCGAACCAUCUACUCCAGUUUCCAGCUGGCGGCUCUUCAGCGGCGUUUCCAAAAGACUCAGUACCUGGCACUGCCCGAGCGAGCUGAGCUGGCGGCGUCUCUGGGCCUCACCCAGACUCAGGUCAAAAUCUGGUUCCAGAACCGCCGAUCCAAGUUCAAGAAAAUGUGGAAGAGCGGUGAGAUCCCUUCGGAGCAGCACCCGGGGGCCAGCGCCUCGCCACCUUGUGCUUCGCCGCCGGCCUCGGCGCCGACCUCCUGGGACUUCGGCGCGCCGCAGCGGAUGGGGGGCGGCGGCGGCCCGGGCAGCGGCGGCAGCGGCGCAGGCAGCUCCGGCUCCAGCCCGAGCAGCGCCGCCUCGGCUUUCCUGGGCAACUACCCGUGGUACCACCAGGCCUCGGGCUCCGCUUCGCACCUGCAGGCCGCUGCGCCGCUGCUGCACCCGGCGCAGACCCCGCAGCCGCACCACCACCACCACCAGCACCACCACGGCGGCGGGGGCGCCCCGGUGAGCGCCGGGACGAUUUUCUAA